AUGAAAAACCUGAAUAUAAUAACGAACAAAAUUGUGGAGGAGCGGGUGAAGGAGUAUUGCAGGAAAAUAGAGGAACAGAAACUGAAAAAUGUGAAGCCUACCAUUCAGUUCGACAGGACAAAACGGAGCCUGAACAACAGGAAGAAGCUCUACCACGCCAAAAUUAGAAACGAGGAAAUAGAGAGAAACAAUAAAAUUUUGAAAAAAAAACUGGAGGGUAUCACAAGGCGAGACAAGCGUGCAGCGGAACAGUCGAAGCAAAGUGCCAUCCAGUUGGAAGUGAACAUAAGCAAGAAGAAUUUUCUUUUCGAUAAUAUUAAGAAAGCUAAAAUAAAGAAGGAGAAAAAAAACAACCACGUUAAUGUUCCUCCGCCUUUGGUUAUGAAACCCAAAGUUAAAAUACUCUAUAAAGGCUACAUCGACGACAGCCAGAAGGGUUGCAAGUUCUACACAGAACUGAAAGUCGACGAAGAAGCCAACCUAAGUGUUAUCGCUUUAAAUUUAAAAAAUAAAAAAUUAAAAAAGUUUUCCUGCAAUAAGGAGAGGCACCACGAGUUGCUCAGCAACCUCGGGACCUACGAAGAAAUCGCCAAGAACCUGACCCACCAGGAGGAAGAAAACGGGGACAGAGAAAAAAAACGAAUCCCCAAUGGGAAGCUAAGCGGAAAACAAGUAACAGAGAAACCCAUGCGAAUCAAGCACAGAGUAAUGAUGGAAAAUGUGGAAAAGACAUGUGAUUUCUACUUAAAAAAAUAUUUCAACGAUCAAGUGCAUGAAAAGCAUACAAACACAUCUGGAAACACAAACAAUGAACAAGCAGAUGCAAACAUAAGUAAGAGUAAGAAUGUGCUGAAUUUAAAGAAAAACAAAAAUUCAUUUCUCUUGAUUAAGAAUGAUCUGUUGUAUAAAUCUAAGAUUAACGAAGCCCAGGCUGUUCUUAUUUUCAAGAAGAUCAAGGAGAAGCUUAAACAGAACAACGGUAAUGUGGGUGUUGUCCUGGGUGCACCUCGUGCAGGCAACCUCCCUAAUCAGGAGAUCAUCACCAAGGCUGCUACUGUUGAGCAGAACGAUGUCGUCAACGGUGCACAGGGGGAUGAUACAAAACCGCACUCCAUGGAGAUGCGCGGGGGGGAAUCAGUGGAGGAGAAAGAGGCAAAUGAGGAGGAGGCAACAGAGGGGGGAGAACAUGCCACAGAGGUGAUCACCGGAGAGACAACUCAAAAUUCUACAGAGGAUCUUCCCGAAGAAGGAACGGAUGACAACCCCCCUCUGGAAAGCGCCUACACGAAGGAUUUAAAGAAAUGGAGAGUCACUCUGGAAGAGGAUAUGCGCAGUGAAGUGGAGGAGGUGGUGGAGAAAUACAGAGGGAUGCACGCAUGCCAGGAUGUAGAUCCGGUGGAGGAAGUUCCUACAGGGGAAGAAGUACCUACGGAGGAAGUAGAACCGGUUGAAGAGGUUCCUACAGGGGAGGAAGUACUACCUACAGGAGAAGAAGUUCCUACGGGGGAAGAAGCUCCUACAGGGGAAGAAGCACCUACAGGGGAAGAAGCGCCUACAGGGGAAGAAGCACCUACAGGGGAAGAAGCACCUACAGGGGAGGAAGCACCUACAGGAGAAGAAGUGCCCACGGUUGAAGAAGUACUACCUACAGGAGAAGAAGUGCCCACGGUUGAAGAAGUACUACCUACAGGAGAAGUAGAACCGGUAGAGGAAGAAGUACCUAUGGAAGAAGAAGCACCAACAGCAGAAGAAGUACCGAUGGAGGAAGUAGAACCGGUGGAGGAGGAAGUACCGAUGGAGGAGGAAGCACCAACAGCAGAAGAAGUACCUAUGGAGGAAGAAGCUACGGAGGGGGCGGGAACUGCCGUUGAACAAGUGGCCACGGGUGAAGCAGUACCUGUAGAGGAAGAAGCACCUUUGGAAGAAACGAAGACUGAAAAUGAGAAGUGCAGUGCCGACUUAGAGUACCCCCAGGAUGAGGGUGCGAACGAAGGGAACGACGUUGAGGAAAGCACACCUGUGGACACGCCGGAGACACUUGCACGAGGUCUCCCUAGUGGGCACGAAAGUGGCGCAAGCGCGUCGAACGAAAACGAAGCAGAAUGA